AUGGCUGGCUUUGGGGCUGCAUGUAAAACAUCACCAGGCAUAUGUGGGGCCUGGGCAAAUGGGGAUAUACGGAUAGGGGUGGUCAAUUCCUGCCAUUCCAAAGUCCAGACGCAAGAGGUCCGAGAACGGCCAGAAAAAUACAACUGCACCGAUUUUAAUCUGCUUUCGUUUGUAAGGACUCUAGCUGUUGUGCAUACUAUUGAAACGAUCAAUAACUCCAGUUUCCUGCCGGGUGUUCGACUCGGCUACUACAUCUGUGACACUUGUUCUGAUGCCUCAAAGGCCAUUCACAGCACUGAACAGCUUCUUGCUGUAAAUGGCACAUUGCCUGUCCAAUGUGAUAUCCUUGAAAGGCCUAAUGUAAAAGCAAUCAUUGGAGCCCGGUUCUCAGAAGACUCUCUUGCAGUGGCUCGUCUUCUGAGUCUAUAUAUGGUCCCUCAGAUAAGCACAACAUCAUCUGCACAAACUUUAAGUGAUAGGAUACGAUACCCAGCAUUCCUGCGAACCAUCCCCAGUGAUGAUCACCAAACCAAAGCACUGGCUAAUUUCAUGAAGCACUUCCACUGGGACUGGGUAGGAGUAGUCUAUGGAGAUGAUGAUUAUGGCAAAAAUGCCUUCCACAGCUUCUUGGCAGAUGCAGAAGAUGCAGAUAUUUGCCCCGCUUUUGAAGAAUUAUUGCCUCACUACCUAGCACAAAAUGAUGUUGAUAACAGGAUCCAAGAGGUUGCAGAAACAAUUCAAUCAUCUAAAGCUAAAGUUGUGUUACUCAUCUUAAAGGAAGAGUUGGUCAAUAAACUCUUCAAGGUGAUGAUUCGCAAGAACAUCUCACGAACUUGGAUAGCAAGUGACGCUUGGUCAAUGUCACGAAGUAUUUCUCGAAUGGAUGGAAUCAACAAUGUAGGUGACAUUUUUGGCUUUACCUUCAUCACUGGUCCUAAUCCUGGAUUUAAAGAGUUUUUGCAAGACCUGACUCUUGCUCCAGGCUCAGUAAACCUCUUCCUUGAGGAAUACAAGCAGUUAGGGAAAGAGGAAGGUUUUCUCACAAAGGCUGUUGAUAUCAGCAUUGCCUAUGGUGAGAGACUAGCUGUAUGGUCCAUAGCUCAUGCUUUGAAACCUCUUCUAAACUGCAACGAAAUUGAUUGCCCAGGAGAAAGGGACUUUCCACCAUGGGAGCUCCUUAAGGAACUGAAAAAGGUCAAUUUUACUAUGGACAAUCAGACGUUUUAUUUCAAUGCAUCAGGAAAUUUCAUGAAUGGCUAUGAUUUAAUACGAUGGGACCCAGAUGAAGCAAGUGGCCAGAGACACUUUAUUGUUGUUGGAAAUUACAAUCUGAUGAAAAAAGUAAUUGAAAUUAAGGCACCCAUUAAAUGGACUAACAACACGGUUCCUAUUUCCAUGUGCUCUGAUAUCUGCCCUCCUGACUUACCAAAUUGCAUCCCUUGUGAAAGUGGUACAUGGUCUAUGAAGGGAUCGAGUUUUUGUAAGCCAAAGAAAGAGGACUACUGGAAAUGGGAUGGGGCCUAUGCGAUAGUUCUGCUUACAUUUGUUGCAUUUGGGUUUGUGCUGUUGCUUUUCACCCUGAUUAUCUUCCUGGUCUUUCGUGGAGGUCCUGUUAUGAAACAGGCUGGAGGAGACAUUUGCUUUUUUAUCAUGUCAGGGUUAGCGCUCAGUUAUGCAAGCGUCGUGUUGUUUAUUGGCAAACCCAAUGUCCACAUGUGCAGAGGACGUCAGAUCUUGUACGCCUUAGGGUUCUCACUCGCAGUCUCAUGUAUUUUGGUAAAAGCUCUACGUACUUUUAUAGCUUUUCUUCUACCGUAUCGUCAGGAACGCAUAAAAAGGUUUUACAAGCCCUCAGUUAUUAUAAUCUGCGGGACUCUCAUUCAAGUUCUCAUCUGUAUCUUCUGGAUGAUAUUUGAUUCUCCUGCAGUGGAGACUUUUCAGUCUAACCAGAACAUGACAAUCACUUUUCAGUGCAAUGAAGGUUCUGGCAUUGGAUUUGCCAUCAUGCUUUCCUAUAUUGCAUUACUAGCAUUGAUAUGCUUUUUGCUGGCCUUUAAAGGGAGAAAGGUUCCUCAGCGCUUCAAUGAGACUGGACAUAUUAUCCUAAGCAUGUUGGUCUACCUUUUUGUAUGGGUCUGUUUCACCCCAGUAUACAUUGCAAAGAUAAAUGAGCGCUAUUCAAUUCAAGCAGCAGCCAUCCUGGUGUCAUGCUAUGGAAUUAUUUUCUGCCAUUUUGCACCCAAGUGGUACAUGGCUCUAUGCAAGAAUAAAGAAGACAUUACUCAAGAGGCAUAUAAGACAAGAGCAAAUGACCAAAGAAACUCAUUUGACUCAUUUGAUUUUAUUGAGAUUCCAGAAGGAGCAGAUUUUACAAUUAAGGGGUCACAGACUACCAUUAACUCUAACGAUACUGGUUUGGGUUCCACUGAAUUUACAAUGAAAGAAUUACAUCAAGAGAACAACAAAUGCUGUUUCCAGACAAUUCGUAAAAGAAGAAGAUCCAUUUGA